CAGCUGGCCUGCCCCUUUCCAAACCCGUGUUUGUUCCUGAUUUAUGCUUCGGGUUUCUCUUAAAGCAUGCAGCUCGGCGCAGCCACGGCAGAGAGCUGGCAGCAGCGUGCCGGAGUACAACAGGUUUUUGGUGGUGGUUUGGGUUUGUUUUUUCGCUCUUUGGAAAAGCGUCUGGUCUAGAGACGCUCGGCUGUUCCUCCUGCUCUUCCCAUUGAGCUGGGAGACCUUUCCUGUGCAGCUUUGGGAAGGAGAGCCCCUGGUCCUGCGGCUCCGGACAGGAGAUGUCCCCGCGUGGGCACUGCGGACACCACCUCUUCUGCUCAGACGAGGAACCUUUCGGAGCCUCGGCUCCCUCUGCAGCAGAUUAAUGCCUAAAAUUAUACACCUUAACCAGCAGGGUUUAAUUACCAGAGCUGUGAGUAGUUUAAUUAGUUUGUUCUGACCUUGGAAGGAGGACCUGCCCAGCGACGGGAGAGCGCAGCCUUAUUGCUCUGCGGUGACCCAGCCUGCAGGGCCAUGUCGUCUCUGUUCACCAGGAGCAAGGAUUACACGCGGAGCAGGAAGUCCCAGUCAGAUUCACCCCCGUCCUCUCCUUCCCCGAUUGCAAAGACGCUCAGACAUGAACGACUUUCCAGGUUGGAAGCAGCUACAGCCCCUGCCACCAGUGACUCCUACAGUGACCGUGCCUCCAGCCGCUCCAGUGCCUACAGCCGCAGGGAGAACCGCCUAGCAGCCCUGAGCAGCAGGGCAGAAGAGGAGAGCAACAGGGACUAUAAGAAGUUGUACGAAAGCGCCCUGUCUGAAAAUCAAAAGCUGAAGUCAAAACUGCAAGAAGCGCAGCUCGAGCUGGCUGACAUCAAAUCCAAGUUGGAAAAGGCAGCCCAGCAGAAACAGGAGAAAACUUCUGACCGGUCUAGCAUGCUGGAGAUGGAGAAAAGGGAGAAGCGAGCCCUGGAGCGGAAACUCUCUGAAAUGGAGGAGGAGAUGAAGAACCUCCACCAGCUCAAACAGAUUCACACUCUGAGGCAGAUGAACGAGCAGCUGCUGGCCGAGAACAGGGCUCUGACGCGGGUUGUGGCCAGGCUCUCACUGCCUGCCAAGCCCUCCGAAUCAGAGGAGCUGUAGCCAUUUGCCAUCCGGCUCAUCUCGCCUCCCUCCUCCAUCCUCCAGAUACUGACGGAGCUGAAAUCGGACAAUCAAAGGCUGAAGGACGAAAACGGGGCACUCAUUCGUGUCAUCAGCAAACUCUCCAAGUAGGGAGCCGAGCUGCGGGGGGGGGGGCACUGCUGAGCCCUGCCCCUUCCUCCUGCCCCACGCACAGCAGCAUUACAGCCAUGGGAUCAGCAUCACUCCUCCCUGCCCUCGGCUGGACGUUCCCUUUCUGCCCUUCCCCCCACAGUGCACACCCCGGCCAUUCUGUUUUAAUUUCAGCAUGUUGUGCUAUCUCGGACAUUUGGCUCAAGGGAGAAGAGGAGGAUGUGGAGUGGUGCUGAGCUGCCAAAACUUCUCCUUCCAGCAGCCCACGGUGUGCAGGAGGGAGCUCUGCUGUGCAAAGUGAUGCCCACAGAGCUGGUGCAGCACCUCCGUGCGCUUUGUAGGUGGAAGAUGUGACCGUGGGCCAGGAUUCUGUGGACACGCAUCAGCCCAUGUGCAAUGUGGGACUUUGGUUAAAAUGUGAUGCUACGAGGAAUGGCAGCAGAGCUGAUUCCUUCAGCAGGUGGGGACGGCUGCUUUGCACAGAGACCUGGCUGGUUUUUAUUUAACGUAAGAUUGCAGAUCCGGUGGGUAAGUGCCCCUCCUGUGCAGCUGGUGAUGGGGUGCCGUGCUGCAAACCCCCGGGGCUCCUGCCAAGCUCACUGCACUCAGCAGCACCUGGUACCUGCACCCGGACCGCUGUUCUCAGGAUGGUAUUGCAGACGUUUGCCAAACUUUCUGAAGGAGAAGCCUGGUGUGGUGUGUUGGUGUGGGACGGCUGCCAUCGAGCAGAGCCCUGCAGAGGAGCCUGGGCAGAUAUUUCAGGUCCUGCGAUGGCUUUUCAGCAUCAGGCUGACCAACUGAACCGCUGCACGGUUUUGUUUCUGGGGAAUGGAAAUGAGGAGGGCAACGAGCCCUGAGCAGCCCCAUCCCUGGUGGCACAGCUCCUCGCAGGUGGGUUUUGGGGCACUGGGCAUGGAGCUGCAGUAGCUGUGCUCCAGGUGCCCAGGGGUGCUGUGCGGGGGGUGGGAGCUGUGUGGCAAUGCUGGGAGCUGCAUCAGAGUCUUUUCAUCCAUCAGAAGUUUGCAGUCCGCCUCAGCCUUGAAGGAAACCUCAAAAAACAAAAAACAAAACAACAAAAAAAAACCAACCCAACCCUCUUUAGUGUUGUACGGACUCAGAACAGUUUGAAAUUGUUCUCUCUGUGGGCAUUCAGGCAGUGACUCCUGCAUGUACUGCAUGCUGACCUGCUGAGCUCCCAUACCAGACUGCUCUCCUCGCAGUGUGCAGCCCCUCUCCCUCAUCCUCCCCCCCUCAUUGCCUUUGUCCCUCCAUCUCUCACUUUGUGCCAUGGGCUCCUCGUGCUCGGAGUGGCAUCACGCCGUGCACGGCAGCUCUGUUGGCUGCAGGUGUGUGGCUCUGUGCUGAGAUGCAGAUGGAUACUUGAACAUGAGUACAACUCCUAAGUUUGCUCAACAGGGUAAAAAUUCAUCUGUCUGUCCUGGGCUUCUUGGAGCCUCCUGCUGGUUAUCACCUGUGCGUUUUCCUCUCCCUGGGGGCUUUUUUUCUUUCUAAUUCUCCAUUUUUCUUUCUAAUUCUUUCUAAUUCUUUCUAAUUCUCCAUUUUCCCCUCCCACCCUCCCAUCCCACCUCUGGCUGGGCUUAGGGCAGCUCAGCACAGCUCCCACUGUUCCUCUCUGCACCAUUCUCCGGUGCAGCGCGGCCGUUCUCUGCUGCUGUGCUUUGGGGAGGAGGAGAAGCACUUUGGCAUCACCGGGGCUCCCGCAGAGCUCUGCCCACACCGGGCAGACAGUAUUACUGCUUCGCGUAUCCCUGCUUUAUGGAACAGCUUUAAGCCCUGAGCUCCGCUCCAUGCUUUCCCUGCACGCCGCUCCCCCUCGGUGCGCUCUGUGAGCUCUGCUGCAUCUCCAUGUUCUCUCCCACCCUCACCCCGGCUUGGCUCAGCAGCGUUGCCCUGUCCCAAUCCCGGUCCGUGGGCAGGGACAGCCCGAGCUCCCGGCUGCUGGGAGAAGGCUCAGCCCGACCUGACAUCAUCUGCACCAACACUGUGCCCCUUCCUCCCGAGGCUCCCGCUGCACUCCGCCCACGAGGAGCCGUUACGUGAAGGGCGCAGAGCCCAAGCGCUGCAGGAUGCGGCACUGCUGCCCCUCUGCGCUCCCAGCCCCGAGCGCCCCGUGCUGACCGUGGCACAAACCCAGCGGGCGAGGAGCGCUUCGGGUGCGUCUGCAUGAAGCAGCGGGGAGGUGGUGGGUGGGAUUCCGUGCUCUGCGCUGGGCACGAAGAGCAAAGGAAGCGGAUUUUAACGCUGCUCCCUCCUUGAAGCAGAGAGUUUGUCAGACGUGCCUCCUUUGGAGAACACGGGGCUUUUUUUCUAAGCAGUGCUUGGGGUGAAUUCGUUUUUAUUGCUUGGGGUGAACCCUGUUGUGGCUGCGAGUUUGAUGGUGGCUCUUUGUAAAUAACUUCUGGAGGAAGCAGGACUGGCGUUCCAGAUGGGGAGAGAAUGUAUUUUUAUGCAACUUUGAGUGGCCUUUCAAACCCUGAGAUGAAUGAUUUGUUUUACUGGUUGUUGUUAUAUAGUAUUAUAAGUAUUAUGUGUUUGAAAGUUUGGGAAUAAUAUUCACAUCUAUGAUGCUUGUAAACACAACAGUAUUUAUAAAUAAAUAAAAUAAGAGUUGAUAAAAUAGAAA